UUUUAUUCAUCUUCUUGCUACUCACGAGUUUUGGGGGAUGGAGCGGGCUGCCAUGAUCGUCCCACUCGUUCUUGCUCUCUGCACGGCGAUGGCAAGCGCGGCAAUCGUCGAGCACACCUUUAACGUGGGCGGCAUGAACAUCUCUCAGCUCUGCACGGACACUGUGAUAUACACGGCCAACGAGCAACUGCCCGGACCAACCAUAGAGGCGACAGAGGGCGAUACGGUGGUCGUUCACGUCGUGAAUGAUUCGCCGUACCCGUUAUCAAUCCACUGGCAUGGCAUAUUUCAGCUGCUGAGCGGCUGGGCCGACGGGGCGCACAUGAUAACGGACUGCUCCGUACAGCCCUCUGGGAACUUCACGUACCAAUUCAACGUCACCGCCCAGGAGGGCACCCUUUGGUGGCACGCCCACUCCUCGCUCCUCCGGGCCACAAUCUACGGCGCGCUCAUCAUAAAGCCGAGAAAUGGCACCGAUGGCUACCCGUUCCCAGCACCGUACGGCGAAAUUCCAAUCCUGCUAGGCGAGUGGUGGAACAAAAAUGUGAACGAUGUGGAGAUUGAUGCGCACUUGACCGGCCUAGGACAGGAUAUCUCAGACGCGCUCACCCUCAACGGCUUGCCCGGGGACCAGACUCCCUGCACAGGUGCUGGCAUCUACGGAGUGGAGGUGGAGUACAACAAGACGUACCUCCUCCGCAUCAUCAACGCUGCAGUCAAUGUGGAGCUCUUCUUCAAGGUGGCCGGCCACAACUUCACCGUGGUAGCGAUCGACGCGAGCUACACGGACCCAUAUGCGACCGACACCAUCGUCAUCACCCCGGGGCAGACCGUGGACGCCCUCAUGACCACCUCGGCGCCGCCGGGCCGGUACUACAUGGCGGCCAACGUGUUCGACAGCAAGACCGUCCCGUUCCGCUUCAACACCGGCACCGCCACGGGCAUCGUGAAGUACGAGGACGCGCCGGACGACGACGCCACGGCAACCAUGCCAACCAUGCCGUCCCAUGAGGAUGUGGUCACCGCCGGCAACUUUUACUGGUCGCUGACCGGCCUCGUCCGUCCUAGCGACCCGCCGGUGCCGAAGACCGUGGACCACGACAUGGUGGUGGAGUUCGGGGUGGACCAGGCGCCGUGCGCCGUGGAGCAGACCAAGUGCCAGGGGUUCGCGCUCGUGGCGUUCAUGAACCGGAACUCGUUCCAGUUCCCCAGGAACGCGUCGCUCCUGAAGGCGCUCUACGAUGGUGUUCAGGGAAGAGUGUAUUCCGAGGAUUUCCCGAGCUCCCCGCCGCCGUUGCCGGGCAUCAGGAGAGCCACGUCCGUGAAGAGGCUCAACUACGGCGACGUCGUGGAGGUGGUGCUGCAGAGCAGGGUGUACAGCAGCGUCCUCGGCGCGGAGAACCACCCGAUCCACCUGCACGGGUUCAACUUCUUCGUGCUGGCGCAGGGCCUCGGGCGCUUCGACCCGAGGGCCAACAGCACGUACAACCUCGUGAACCCACAGGUGCGGAACACCGUUGCCGUGCCGGCCGGUGGGUGGGCCGUGAUACGGUUCACGGCGAAUAAUCCAGGUAUGUGGUUCAUGCACUGUCAUCUGGACGCGCACCUGCCGUUGGGGUUGGCGAUGGUGUUCGAGGUGCUCGACGGCCCGGCCCCGAAUCUGCUUCCUCCGCCUCCCGUUGACUAUCCGAAAUGCUACUGAACGCAACCUACGCAAGUGUGCUAGUUGUACGGUUAUUUCUCUUGUCUACGUGUGUGCGUGCAUGCCUGAUUUGAUAAAUUUUUGAAGCUUUAGUAUACUGUCCUAAGCUUCUGUUCCUGAAUAAAGCUACAGACAUAUGGUUACUGGUUAUCCUCCAAGCUACUACUCACAUUUUAGAAUGACCAACCAUUUGCAAGGAAAACAAAGUUUGCAAAGAAAACAAAGUAGCCGGCUUUUUUUUUCUUAAUUCUUGAUGUGGCGAAGUGCUGUAGUUCUGCUGUAUAUUUGAUUUCUGAACAUCAGUUUUUGCUGUA